UCGUCCGGUUCAAGCGACGUGGACUGCCCCGCGUUUUGCUUCGCCGUCAUGCGGCCCGUGUACGACACCAACGGCGUGCAGUACUCGAACGAGUGCGAGAUGCGCCGCGCAAAGUGCCAGGGCAAAGAGAAGCGCAAGAGCAUGGAGGAAAUCUACGCGGACUACAAAAAGCGCUACGGGAAGCUCCCGUUCGGUGCUGACGCGGACAGCAAGGGGAGUGAUAGCAGCGCUGCUACUGGUAGUGACUGCCCUCUCGUCUGCUUUGACGUCUACGAUCCUGUUCACGACGAGCAAGGCAACACAUACUCGAAUGAAUGCUACAUGAAGCGGGCCAAGUGCAAG